GAUAUUCCCGCAAAUAUGCAGACAUUUUGGGCAACACUUUGGCCCAGUUAUCGCGUGUCCCAGGUGAAACCAGACCCUUGGGUGAAAAGACCUUAUUAUGUACAAGGUGUUUCUCAUUAGCAUUUCCAAUUGAAGCCCCAUCGAAUGGACAUUAAAACUUUCCAAUUCGUGGGCGAGUCCGUCCAAUGCCACCACCCAAAUCGAAUCGAAUCGAAUCGCAUCGAAACCAAUUCCGAGGACAAACGCUCCAGGAGAACCAGGAAGGACACAGCGAUUUCCACCUGCCAUAUUGAACCCUUUUUCGAGUUCAAAGUGAUUCUGGGUGUAAAAGAUUGAAAUUAAAGCACUGCCAUUGGACGGAUGGAUAGAUGGAGCCCACCCUGCAUGACAAUUAACGCAGAAACCGCAGCCAGCACAGAAGCAUAAUCAAGUCGCAUUCACUUUCAAUCCAGUCAACAGAGCCCGGUCCGAAUGCCCGGUCAGAGCAAGGUAAAAAUCGAAAAACAGACCCGCAAAUAAAAAUGAAAACUUGAAGCGGCAAAUGGCAAGUGGCAGGCAGUCAACAGAAGACAUAAGACGACUGGAAAUUGGUCUACGUGCCGAGAAUUUGGAUCAUAGGCAGACGCGGCCAAAAGCCAAGGAGGAAGAGACGCAAGGAGAUUUCGGUUGGGCACAAUGGGGGCCCCCACCCCCCCUCCAUACGCAAUUGGUACGUACGCACGGCUCCCAACAGCUGAGCGACGAAUGCAAAUUUCGCACGCGAAUGGAUCGCGAAUGGAUCUCCGCAGCGUAUAAAAGUCGGCGUUUUUUUGGUCAGGGCAUGUCAGUUCAUUUUUGAUAACCGACGGUGACAAUCGCACAAAAACCCCCACCCAAGCCGCACAAUGAAUCCUCUGACGGUCGUAGCAGUCCUCUCCUCGAUGGCCCUCUCGGCUCAGGCUGGUCUGGUGGCUCCUCUGGGCGGCCCCCUGGCGGCAGCUCCUUUCGGCGCACCACUGGCCUACACCUCGCCUCUGGGCGCCUCGCCAUACUUUGCCCCGGCCGCCUACUCGGCUCCUCUGGGCUACUCCGCCCCUCUGGUGGCCAGGAACUAUGCUGCUGCUCCCCUAGCUGGUCCCUUCGCUGCACCAUUCGCUGCACCAUUCGCUGCUCCAGUUGCUGCCGCUCCUCUGGCCGCCCCAGUGGCUGCUCCAGUGCUAGCCAAGAACGUGGUCGCUGCUCCUCUUGCCGCUCCAGUUGCCGCUCCUCUGGCUGCUCCCGUGGCCGCUCCCAUUGCCACCGAGAUUGUGGACGCCCAUCCACAGUACAGGUUCGCCUACGAUGUCCAGGAUAAUCUGACUGGUGACUCAAAGACCCAGGAGGAGACCCGUGAUGGCGAUGUCGUGCGUGGCUCCUACUCCCUGAUCGAGCCCGACGGUUCCCGUCGCAUCGUCACCUACUACGCCGACGACAUCAACGGAUUCAACGCCGUGGUGCAGAAGGAUGUGCCCGUUGCCGUGGCCCCCGUGGCACCAGUUCUGGCCAAGACCAUUGCCGCUCCCGUUGCCCCCGUGGUGGCUGCUGCCCCAGCUCCGGUGUUCGCCAAGACCCUGGCCGCACCCAUCGUUGUCUGAGGACCGCCUGCAAUUCGACAAAGGACUUUCAUCUGUACAUAUUCGAUUAAUCAUUGUCGUGCUCUAAAAUGACUUUCAUCGCAACCCAACAAUAAAAGAAACUCCAAAAAACUUUUGUGAUUCCAAAA